GUCAUGCUGGGCUGUGGAGCAGGGGCUGUGGAGUGUCCUGCCUGGAGGGGCUGGUGUCUGCAGCAUGAAGCAAGGAUUGGUGGUCACUCAGCUGGAUGUCCAGCCUGGAGAAUGCAUCAAGGUCAAAGGGAAGAUCCUGUCAGAAGCUAAAGGGUUUGCUGUGAACGUAGGGAAGGACAGCAGCACCCUCAUGCUGCAUUUCAACCCCCGCUUUGACUGCAAGGGAGAUGUCAACACUAUUGUAUGCAAUUCCAAGGAAGAUGGCGCAUGGGGCGAGGAGGACAGAAAGGCUGACUUCCCCUUCCAGCACGGUGACAAGGUUGAGAUGUGCAUCUCCUUCAAUGCUGCGGAGGCUACGGUGAAGCUGGCUGAAACGGAGUUCCAGUUUCCCAAUCGUCUGGGCAUGGAGAAAAUUGAAUACCUGGCUGUGGAGGCUGCUGGCCAGCCAUGGCUAACCAGAGAGAGAAUUGGGACUGCUGCAGCUUUUGAGGCCCUCAAAAGGAUAAAUUAAAUGCUUUGGCUUGGAAACAACUUCCAUUAUUUUUUUGGGGUGUGCAGGGGUGGGUCACACCUCCCCCAAUAUUUUUUUUUUCUGUUUUAGUUUCUGCUAUUAAGGCAUUAGAAUCAGUUACCCAGCUGGUUCUGUUUAGGGUUCUCAUGAAAUGUUAUACUGGCCUGAACAGUGUUCAAGCUCAGAAAUAAAAAGGAUACGUUCACUGCCAGCACAUCUAACAAGCUUGGUGCUUCAAAAAUCAUUAAAACACGAGGUAGAUCUUCUUUGGAGAAUGGAAGAAUUGAUGCCUGAUCCGAGAGAAGGGCAAUAGUAUCUUCUCAGUCUGCCAAGCUGCCUAUGGAAGACCUAUGUGAGAAAUCUGUCUGGUACUUUUUAAUAAAUGGGAGUGGACUUUAAAUCCAGCACAAAAGGCAAUGAACAUUGUAAUUUUCAGUCAUGUGCUAGCAGAAAUUCAUAAUGAAUGGACUUAAUUAUGUAUUUAAACAUCUGCUCCUCUCUCGGUGGCAAGAUAGGAUGGGACAAAGCAAUGCCCUGGAGAAAGGAGAAGUGCAAAUGGUUGCUGCGGCAGGAAAUCUCUACGAGGUCAGAAGCGAGACAACCCAAAUCUGGCUCAUGUCUUGUGGACGUAAUCUAUUCACGCAGCUCUGGCCACGUCCUUCAAUGGUGAUGAAGCAUCUUCGAGAGGACAGUACUUCAGUACUUCUCAUGCAGCAAAAGGGAGCCUGGCCGACUCCGCUUUGCUGACUGCAAGCUGGCAGCAAUCCUCCAGCUCUGUAAGCUGAUAAAGUUUGGGCAUAUUUAGUUACUGCAAGUUGGGCUGUCUAGGAAAUAAUCCAACAGCUCUUACAAUAGGCUUUUACCUACCUAGCCAGGGCAGAGUACAUUAUCACUAGAUAUGCUUGACUUCUGUAGGUAGAAGACAAUAUUGGAUUUUAAAUUAAUGCCUCUUCUGGCAUGUGAGAUAAUUUCUGAUGAAAUGGAUUCAGACAAAUGAGGUUUUGCUGUAUAAAAAAAUCCUAGCAUACAUCAUUCCUUCAGAAAAAUAGCCUAUAAAUAAUUUCAAACUUCAGAAUGAUUUGAAUACAAGAUGCAGAAGAAAAAUUAUAUUUUCCUGGUCAAAAUCUCCUUUGUAAGGACACUUGCUGGUAUAGCCACCGUAUGUUGGAACAAGUUGAGGCUUCUUCUGGUAGCUCUUUAUUAUAUUAAAAAAGACAACAACAACAACAAACACUGAGAGAUGUUCCAAGCUAAUGCAUGACUAUCUUUGGGGUUCCCUCUUUUUGUUAAGGUUUUCACAACAUACAAAAUUAAAUGUCUUUUCUACAUACAGAAUAAAGUAGAAUCAAGUAACUGAUUAGAAUAUGUACACAAACUUACACAUUCUGUCUUGUUCUUUAAAAAAUAUAAAUAUCAAUAAUGUUCAGGAGAACGGGUUGGUUUUAUUUUUAAGGCUUCAUUCUCUUAGAUCCUUCAUUAUUUAGUGAGGUGCCAGGCAAGCAGGAAAGGGAGGGAAGAGAGGAGGUUGUGUUUAUUAAAGGUAAUAUGUUUAUUUCUUGUGAGACUCUUCCUCAUUUCUGGCAGGAGAAGAGAUAGUUUAGUCCCCUCCAGAUUGAUUUUAAGUUCUAGGAAGCAGGAGUGAAGGGAAAGGGAAAUAAAACUUUAUUUUUUUUCCUUCAUUGAACGCUUGUUUUAAACCUGUCUCCAUUCAUGGUCAUUGUAAAGAAUCUUCUGCAAAUUACUUGGAUUAA